AGCAAGACGAAGAAAAUCACGGAAAGCGAUCAACGCCCUCACAGCAUAAAUUAUCCAAUUAAUUAGACGAAGAGAAAAGUCUUGAAGGACGCCCUUGAUAUCCUAACAAGUCCUUGGGACAGGGGAAAAAGGUAGAGAAUCGAAAGAAGUUGCUGAAAGUUUCGCAAGAUACGGAACAAGGAAGACAAAGUGCCAGAUAAAAAUGAAAAUGACAAAGGUGCCAAAAGUGGCAGCCAGCAGCUGAUUUGAAGGUUAUGUGCGGGUUUAGAAGCUGCGCGCGCAUUUAAGGUUACAUGUGUUUUCUAACCUCAAUUAGAAAAUUUCUAACCUGAGACAGUUCCGAAUAUUUUUGAAAAAUUCUAUCCGUGUUUUUGGAAUUUAAUUACUAAAAACUAAAUAUGCCACCUAAAAAAGCGACUGGUGGGGCUAAGGCUGGUGGUGCUAAGGCUGGAAAAUCGAAGUCUGCCGAUGAUUGUGACAAGGGUAAAGGAGAGAAAAAAGGAGGAACUGCGGUCAAAGUGCGUCACAUCCUUUGUGAAAAGCAAUCGAAAAUUUUGGAAGCUUUGGAGAAACUUAAAGCUGGACAAAAAUUUAACGAAGUUGCAGCUGCAUACAGUGAAGAUAAGGCACGAUCGGGGGGCGAUCUUGGUUGGAUGACACGAGGGUCUAUGCUUGGUCCUUUUCAAGAUGCAGCAUUCGCACUGCCCAUUUCGAGUCUUGGUUCUCCAGUUUAUACAGAUCCACCAGUGAAAACAAAAUGUGGCUACCACAUUAUCUUGGUGGAAGGAAAAAAAUGAAAACAUUGGCACGUGACUGGCAGCAAAUAUAAUAGGCACCGUUAGAGAUAACUUAUCAGAUAUUCAGAUGUUUUAAAAGGAGGUCACCACGAUCAAGUUUUACUGCUU